AUGUCUCCCGAUAUGCGACGCAGGCCCACCGGCGACAGUGUUAAUCCUGGUCGGAGCUUGGGCCGCAGACUGACCGAGUCAUUUUCUGUACAAGGCAAGAAAAAGGACCCCAAAUACAAACUCUACCGGGAGGGAUACGGCGUAUACAACGGCAUGACAUGGGAAAAGCUCAAAGGAUAUCUCGAGCAACGAUUCCCACAAUCAGAUUUUCCUGGGCUCGAAUUCAACGAAGAGCGCGUGGGCGAUAAAUGGGUCUUUGAUGUGCCCGAGCCUUUGAAUGAUGACCGCCUCGCCGACCAGGUGGACAAGAAGGAGCUACAACGGCUGAGGGACAGUGCGACGGUUGCCAACACCAACCUGCACGCGCCGGCCACGUCUCGGGCAGAGAAACGUCGGUCGGUCUCCCCCGAACACAAAGACGACAAGUAA